ACCAUUUCCCGCCACAAAGCACAGAGAAGACGAAGAAGACGAAGCAGUUGACGACUACCAAGACGACGCCGCCGGAAGACGCCAUUUUGCUGUUUAACAGGACAGUGACGGAAGGACCGAGGAGAUCCAGUGAAGGUGAGCCAAGAUGGGGGCUCAUUUUGGCAAACUGUUUAGUAGUUUGUUCGGCAAGAAAGAAAUGAGGAUUCUGAUGGUAGGACUGGACGCUGCUGGAAAGACCACCAUCCUGUACAAGCUCAAGCUGGGAGAAAUCGUUACCACGAUCCCGACCAUCGGUUUUAAUGUUGAGACUGUAGAAUACAAGAACAUCAGUUUCACAGUGUGGGAUGUCGGUGGUCAGGACAAGAUCAGGCCACUCUGGAGGCAUUACUUCCAAAACACACAAGGCCUCAUCUUUGUGGUGGACAGUAACGACAGGGAGCGAGUUGGUGAGGCGAAGGAAGAGCUGAUGCGAAUGCUGGCCGAGGAUGAGCUGAGGGAUGUCGUGCUGCUUGUGUUUGCCAACAAACAGGACCUGCCAAAUGCCAUGAGUGCAGCUGAUAUCACAAAUCACCUGGGCUUGUCGUCUCUGCGCCAACGUCUCUGGUAUAUCCAGUCCACGUGUGCCACUAGCGGAGACGGUCUCUACGAGGGUCUCGACUGGCUAUCAAACCAGCUAAAGAACACGAAAUGAUCCACCGUUCCACUUCCUGUGUGUCAUCUAUGUCAGCAGCGUGAUAGGAGACUACACUGGUCCUGGUCUGAUUCUCUCCUCUCCUUCCCUCUCUUUCAUCUAAAGGUGUUGGAUCUAUGGCCAGUGCUACCUUGCAUCUUUGUACUGUACGGGUGUGUUUGGAUGAGUAUUUUUGAACAAGUGUGUGUGUGUGUGUGUGUGUGUGAGAACUGAGUGGGAGCAGCCCUGCUGUGCCUUACACACAGUUAACUAUCAAGCACCUCAUUCCUCCAGUGUCAGCACAUCCAAAAGCACUGGUGUGCACAAAGCAAAGAGUGUAACAGGAUGUUGAGUCCUGUGUGUCAUCUAUCAAGAUUGUUUCUAAAAAAACAAAAUAAAGUAAGAUUAAUUCAGAUGUACAUCUGCUAGUGACAUAGAGUUAAUUCAUCCUGAGAAGCCACACAGUAUUCCACAGUCCAUCCGUGAACACUGGAUACUUAAUGCCUGAUACCUAAUGGUCAGAUCACAUCUAUUCCUGGAGAUAAAUUUCCCUUGUGGUCAAACAGUUCCUUCAGUUUUUAAAGUCAGUCGUCCCCCCCCUCGUAGCUGUGACCCAGAUAUUUGUGUUUUACGCUCAGAGGAUUCAAAAUGUCCAUCAUGAUGAGAUCUAGAAAAGGCAAUAAAUGUUUCAUGUUUACAUUAUGUGGCGGUGUGUUAAGUGUGGCUACUGCAUCGUCAGUGGACAUGUGUAUCCUCUGGGUGCUGUGUGGGUUUCAGCUACAUCUGCUGGAACACUGAGGCCUUUUUAAGAGUUGCUCCCACUCUGGCUUUUUAUUUACUGGUCGCCUUGUUUUUCCUUGUAUGUAGAUCUUUGGGUUGGGGUCUGUUGUUUUUGUUUGUUUGUUGUUUUUUUUUACAUUACUGUUGAUGCGUUCUUGACCUGGAUAACUUAAGCGUGAGCUGUCGUGCCAGGUGUGCAGUCUUUUUGAGUAAAAUGCUCUCGGGACCAAUUGGUUGGCUUCAGAAAAGGGCUCAUUGUGUUUGGUUCAGUUUUUUUGCAUUCGCCUGCAGUGUGUGAAGUCACCCCCUCCUGUGUUUUCCAGAGGACACACGUGUUCCUGAACAAAUUGUCAGGGCUGUGACAGACGGUACAGUUGAAUUCGAAGUGUUUCUGCUGGUCUUUAAUGAAUCAGCACUGUAAAUGCUUCCUCAGUGCUUCAGGUUUUAUGGUGGACAUUUCUGAACCUGUUGACAUUAUGCCCCCUGCCCUGAUGCCAUUUGCACAACCUCAUCCAUCAGCUUGCACAACACAGGCUUGUGUGAUGAAGUGGUUUAUCAAUCAGCCUUAGCAAAGAGCACAUAGACAAUGACCAUUCCCAUGGCUCAACACCAGCAGGCACUUACAAUGUACAAGUAAGAAUGUUGCACCGGUCAAAGGUGGGGUCAGUGAUUCUGGAGUAAUCAGAUACCACACAAAGCAAGUAAGGUAACUAAGGUUAGCUAUGUUUUGGGUUGGCUGCAAUAACAAGCUGUGUUGUGUGGCUCAGUCUCUUUCAGCAGACUUUAAGGAGAUACUCACUGAAUUUGAGAAAAGGUGUAUUUGAUUAAAAUGACAUUAUCUAGAAUCACUUACUCCAGCUUUAAACCAGUAACAGAAUAUUUAAUUUAAUAACAAUUAAGGUUCCAGCAUUUAAUUAAUAUCAAUUUUGAUAUGUGCUGACUGAAGCUGAAGAUGACUCUAAGGUCAUAAUAUCACAGUUUUGUGUUUCUACAACUGGACAUUUUGGUAUUUUUUAUUUUUUUUUCAAACAUUUGAGCUGGUCUUUCGGGCUUUCUUUGUCCGUACAUUCUGUAUUUCCUAAUGUCUGUGGAGUUCAUAUGAUACGUUACAUACUCUGUUAUACAGCAAGAAAUACAAAUGUAUAUAAUCCGUAAGAAAACGUAUUCUAACUUGACAUCUUUCACUUGCUCUUGUUCAGAUGUGAAGCUUUAAUUUUCUGUACAAAUGCUUG